AUGGGUUCGUUGCACUUGAAGCGUGGACUGGGAGCCAGCUUGCUCGCUCGUUCUUCAGUGAUAGGACGUAGAAGAGCAGCUGCAGCGGUUGCACCGUACUCCUCAGCCUCUCUCCGAGCUCCUGCGGCUGAGUGUUCAAGAACGUUUGUGCACCCGCAGCAGCGGCAGCAGCAGCAGAGGCGCGCUUUCGGAACUACCGCAGAGUUCGAGUACAAGCCCCUCUUUCAGUACGGGGCUACUCCUAGAGAUGAACCGACCGAGUAUCGAAAGUUGUCUUCGGAAGGCGUAAGCGUCGUCAAAGGUCCCGACGGACAAGAGUUCCUCAAGGUGGCACCGGAGGCCCUGAGGUUGCUCUGCUCCACGGCAAUGGUCGAUAUCGCUCAUCUCCUCCGAUCCAACCACUUACGGCAGCUGGCCAAUAUAUUGGAAGACCCCGAGGCUUCAGAGAACGACCGCUUUGUUGCCCUGGAGUUGUUGAAGAAUGCCAACAUCGCUGCGGGGAUGGUGCUGCCGGGAUGUCAGGACACCGGCACCGCCAUCAUCAUGGGCAAGAGGGGCCAGUUUGUGCUUACGGACGGGAAAGACGAGGAGCACCUGUCCAAGGGAGUCUACGACACGUACACCAACACAAACCUGAGGUACUCCCAAGUGGCACCGACGGACAUGUUUACGGAAAAGAACACCGGCACCAACCUGCCGGCGCAGAUCGACCUCUUUGCCACGCCGGGCAAGGAGUACGCGUUCCAGUUCAUGGCCAAGGGGGGGGGGUCGGCGAAUAAGACCUUUCUUUUCCAGAGGACCAAGGCACUACUGAACGAGAAGGCCCUAGAAAAGUUUUUCUGGGAUGAGAUCAAGACGCUCGGGACCGCGGCCUGUCCGCCCUACCACCUGGCGAUCGUGAUCGGUGGACUGAGUGCCGAGCUGACCCUCAAGACCGUCAAGCUUGCCUGGGCAAAGUACUUGGACGGCUUGCCGACCACCGGGGAUACCUCCGGUCGCGCCUUCCGAGACCUGGAAUGGGAGGACAAGGUGCUCAAGAUCUGCCAGGAAAUGGGGAUCGGGGCUCAGUUUGGCGGCAAGUACUUCUGCCACGACGUCCGUGUUAUCCGGUUACCCCGACACGGAGCUUCGUGCCCCGUCGGCAUCGGGGUGUCUUGCUCGGCGGACCGCCAGGCUCUCGGAAAAAUAACCUCGGAGGGCGUUUUUCUGGAGAAGCUUGAGAGGGACGUGGGGCAGUACUUGCCGGAGGUCGACGAGUCGCAGAUUUCGCCCGAGGUGGUGCAGGUGGACCUGAACCAACCGAUGGACAAGAUCCGAGAGUUCCUCGGGGGAUUCUCGGUCAGGACGCGGCUUAGCCUCACGGGCACCAUUGUGGUGGCGAGGGACAUCGCCCACGCCAAGCUGCAGGAGAGGAUCGACGCCGGGAAGGGGCUGCCGGACUACGUGAAGGAUCACAUCAUAUACUACGCCGGCCCAGCGAAGACACCCGAAGGGCUGGCUUCCGGUUCUUUCGGCCCGACCACGGCGGGGAGGAUGGACGGCUACGUCGACAGCUUUAUGCGAAACGGCGGCAGUUUCGUCACGCUCGCGAAGGGGAACAGGAGCAAGCAGGUGACCAGGGCCUGCAAGGAGCACGGGGGCUUCUACCUGGGGUCUAUCGGGGGCCCCGCGGCUAUCCUCGCCCAAAACUGCAUAAGGAAGGUGGAGGUGCUGGAGUACCCGGAGCUCGGCAUGGAGGCGGUGUGGAAGAUCGAGGUGGAAAACUUCCCGGCGUUCAUCGUCGUCGAUGGGAAAGGAAACGAUUUCUUCAAGAAAUGGCAGGUGUAGGCUUCACGAGCGGGGGGCUGCAACACGGCACGGGGGGGGAUUCUCCCAGUCACCCUCCACAAGAUGGGUUUCCAAACCAGAAGGCAGAACUGCUAGUCUGGCUCGUUGAUGGGCAUAUAUGUGGCAGGAGGGCGCUCGAUGCAAGGUGGCUAUCCAUCGCGCUUUCCUACAACCGGCGGUCAACAUCUUUUGGAUUGCCGUGGGCCACGGCUAUACUUCCCCGAUUUGACUUGAAUUUCUGGACGAGGCGAGCCGUAGACAGUUUGGUCAUGCAAGGUCGCCGCGAAGAGGGAAAGGCUGGUUGCGAGCUAAGAGAAAAGCAGUCUCAGUUUCUGUGCCGAGAUAUCUACCAAAAAAGAGUUCGUCUUGUUUGUUGCCGCAGCACAAAACAAGUUUGCAAUUGGGGCAACAAUUUGGAGAGACAGGCGAUCGUCCAGUCGAACGAUUCUUCUCUGUCUCAAACUUGUUCUUUGGGAAAAUAUC